GUCAUCCAAGCUUUAAUUGCCGGUUCAUUGUAUUACGGAACACCAGCUACAACAAGAGGUUCUUUCUCAAGAUCAGGUUCUUUAUAUUUCAUGAUUUUAUAUUUUUCAUUAAUGGGUCUUGCAGAAGUUUCUGGCCAAUUUGCUGAUCGUCCAAUCCUAUUAAAGCAAAAAUCUUAUUCAUUUUAUCAUCCUUCAGCAGAAACCAUCUCAGCAACUUUGACAAAAUUCCCAUUCAAGUUAUUAUCAGUCACUGCUUUUUACCUCAUUACUUAUUUCUUGUCCAAUCUAACUCGUGAUGCUGGGAAAUUCUUCCUAACUUAUCUAUUCCUUGUCGUUUCAUCUGAAACAAUCACUGCAAUGUUUCAAAUGGUUGCUGCGCUAUCUCAAAAUGUUGCAGGUGCUAAUGCAGUUGCUGGUAUUUUAAUGUUGGCCAUCUCGUUAUACUCUUGUUAUAUGAUCCAGUUGAAAUCUAUGCAUCCUUGGUUCAAAUGGAUCUCAUACAUUAAUCCAAUCAGAUAUGGGUUUGAAAACAUGUUGGCUGAUGAGUUUCAUGGGCGUAAGAUGGAUUGUGGUGGUUCUUUAGUCCCUAGUGGUCCAGGUUAUGAAAAUGUUGAUAGUGCAAAUCAAGUUUGUGCGUUUGUUGGUUCAGUGCCUGGUCAAAGUUGGGUCUCUGGUGAUAGUUAUUUGAAAGUUCAAUUCAAUUUCAAAUAUACACAUAUUUGGAGAAAUUUUGGUAUCUUGAUUGGGUUCUUCAUCUUCUUCCUUGGUGUUAAUGCUAUUUGUACCGAAUUUAAAAGACCUGUCAAAGGUGGUGGUGACCAUUUAUAUUUCAAACGUGGUGGGAAACCAUCAGAUGAAGUUUUAUUAUCAAGUGAUGCUCAAGCUGCUGAUAUCGAGGCCGGUACAAGCGAUCGUCCAAUUCAAGAUCAUGAUUUAAAAUCUGGUAGUUCCUCAACUGAUAAUGAUGUUUUCGAAGGAUUAGGUUCAAAAUCAGUAUUCGCAUGGCAAAAUGUUGAUUACGUGAUUCCAUAUAAAGGUGGUUCAAGAAAAUUGUUGGAUAAUGUUCAAGGUUAUGUUAAACCAGGAACUUUAACUGCCUUAAUGGGUGAAUCUGGUGCUGGUAAGACUACAUUGUUGAACACUUUGGCUCAACGUAUUGAUAUGGGUACAAUUACUGGUUCAAUGUUGGUUAAUGGUAAACCUUUAGAUACAUCUUUCAAAAGAUCCACUGGUUAUGUCCAACAACAAGAUUUACACAUUGCUGAAAUGACUGUUAGAGAAUCUUUACAAUUUGCAGCUCGUUUGCGUCGUCCAAAAUCUGUUUCAGAUUCUGAAAAAUUGGAUUAUGUUGAGAAAAUUAUCAAAAUUUUACAAAUGGAGGCAUAUUCUGAAGCUAUUGUUGGUACUUUGGGUAGUGGAUUAAAUGUUGAACAACGUAAAAAAUUAUCCAUUGGUGUUGAAUUAGUUGCUAAACCGUCAUUAUUAUUGUUUUUGGAUGAACCUACCUCUGGUUUAGAUUCUCAAAGUGCUUGGGCUAUUGUUCAUUUAUUAAGACAAUUGGCUCAAGCUGGUCAAUCAAUCUUGUGUACCAUUCAUCAACCUUCUGCUACAUUAUUUGAAGCUUUUGAUAGAUUAUUAUUGUUGAAGAAAGGUGGUCAAACAGUUUAUUUUGGUAACAUUGGUGAAAAUUCAAGAAUUUUGUUGGAUUAUUUCGAAAGAAAUGGGGCAAGAAAAUGUGAAAAACAUGAAAAUCCAGCUGAAUAUAUCUUGGAAUCUAUUGGUGCAGGUGCUACUGCUAGUGUUCAUGAAGAUUGGUAUGAAAAAUGGGCAAAUUCUCAAGAAUAUUUGGAUACAACUAGAGAAAUUGAAAUUUUAAUGAGGGAAACUAAUGAAAAAUUGGGUGAUCAAGAUCAAGCUUCUAAUAAAGAAUUACAAAGCACUUUUGCCUUACCAUAUUUGGAUCAGUUAUAUUAUGUUACAAGACGUACUGGUAUUCAAUUCUAUAGAGAUCCUCAAUAUAUUGGUGCUAAAUUCUCACUUAUGAUUACUGGUGGUUUAUUUGUCGGAUUUACAUUUUGGAGUUUGAAAGAAACUAUAAUUGGUAUGCAAAACGGUAUGUUUGUUGUGUUCAUGGCUAUUAUCAUCUCUGCUCCAGCUAUCAAUCAAAUUCAAGAAAGAGCUGUUGCAUCAAGAGAAUUAUUCGAAGUUAGAGAAUCCAAAUCAAAUACUUUCCAUUGGUCAACUUUAGCUGCUGUUUGGUAUUUGAAUUAUUCUAUCAUUUAUCAAUUUUAUUAUAUUUCAUUAGGUUUAUUCAUUGUUUACAUGUCACCAGAUUUAGCAUCAUCAACCGUCAUUACUGGUUUGUUCUUGACUAUGAUGAUUUCAUUCUGUGGUGUUGUUCAACCAAUGUCACUAAUGCCUGGAUUCUGGACUUUUAUGUGGAAAGUCUCACCAUUAACUUAUGUGAUUCAAACCUUGUUGUCCCUCAUUUUACAUGAAAGAAAGAUCAGAUGUGGAAAAGAUGAAUAUAAUUAUUUUGAACCACCUUCAGGAAUGACUUGUCAAGAUUUUGCUGGUCCAUUUGUUAAUCAUGUUAGUGGGUAUUUGCAAAAUCCAAGUGCAACCUCAAACUGUGCUUAUUGUCAAUAUAGUGUUGGUGAUGAUUAUCUAAAGACGGUUAGUGUUAGUUUUGGAAACAGAUGGAGAAACUUUGGUUUCAUGUGGGUUUAUAUUAUCUUCAACAUCUUCACCAUGUGUGCUGUCUACUACAUUUUCCGUGUUGCUAACAUCAGUCCACUUGGUUUUAUUAAGGAAAAACUGGAAGCUUCCAAAAGAAAAAGAGAAGAGAAGAAGGGUCAAAAUGUUUCAGAAGCAUAA